CCACGCCCACGUAAGAUCAAAAGAAGCUUGGUUAUUUAUGAAACUUGUCUCGCUGCUGGCGCUGGGUACUGUGAACGAGUGUAUACCAGUACCACACACAAUAGCAAUAGCAGCAGUACUGACAUGACAGCUACGGCUAAUACGACGGCAAUGGCGGCGGAGCUCCACUUCGUGCUGGUGCCGGUUAUGGCGCAGGGCCACUUGCUCCCCAUGCUUGACCUGGCGCGCCUCAUCGCUGGUCACGGCGCGCGCGUCACCGUCGUGCUGACGCCCGUGAACGCCGCGCGCAGCAGGCCCUUCCUGGAGCACGCCGCGCGGGCGGGGCUUGCCGUCGAGUUCGUCGAGUUCGCCUUCCCGGGACCCGCGCUGGGCCUGCCCCAGGGCUGCGAGAGCAUCGACAUGGUGACGGACUUAUCCCUCUUCGUCCCGUUCUACGAGGCCAUGUGGCUUCUCGCCGCGCCGCUCGAGGCGUACCUCCGGUCGCUGCCCCGGCGCCCCGACUGCCUCGUUGCCGACACGUUGGGCCCCUGGACGGCGGGCGUGGCGCGGCGGCUCGGCGUCCCGCGAUUGGUGCUCCACGGGCCGUCCGCGUUCUUCCUCCUCGCUGUGCACAACCUGGCCAGGCACGGCACGUACGACCGCGCCGCCGGCGACAUGGAGCCGUUCGAGGUGCCGGACUUCCCAGUGCACGUGGUUGUCAACAGGGCGACGUCGCUCGGGUUCUUUCAGUGGCCAGGUAUGGAGAAGUUCCGUCGGGAGACGCUCGAAGCGGAGGCUACAGCUGACGGACUGCUCGUCAACACGUGCUCGGCCUUGGAGGGCGCGUUCGUCGAGGGCUACGCGGCGGAGCUCGGCCGGAAGGUAUGGGCUGUCGGGCCGCUCUGCCUCAUCGACACUGACGCGGACACGAUGGCGGGUAGAGGCAACCGUGCGGCGAUGGAUGCCGAGCACAUCGUGUCCUGGCUCGACGCGCGACCGGCGGCGUCUGUGCUUUACAUCAACUUCGGCAGCAUCGCUCGCCUGUCCGCAACGCAGGUCGCCGAGCUGGCCGCCGGUUUGGAGGCGUCGCACCGGCCGUUCAUCUGGUCUACUAAAGAGACCGCCGGACUGGACGCGGAGUUUGAGGCCCGUGUCAAGGACUACGGCCUCGUCAUCCGCGGGUGGGCGCCGCAGAUGACCAUCCUAUCGCACACCGCCGUCGGCGGCUUCUUGACGCACUGCGGGUGGAACUCGACACUGGAGGCCAUCUCCAACGGUGUGCCGCUGCUGACCUGGCCGCACUUCGCCGACCAGUUCCUGAACGAGGCGCUGAUCGUGGACGUGCUCGGCGUCGGCGUCCGCGCCGACGUGAAGGUACCGGCCUCGCACGUAAUGCUCCUGAAUGCCGGGAAGCGGGAGCGGCUGCUGGUACAGGUCGGGAGGGACGAUUUGGAGAAGGUGGUGGCCGAGCUCAUGGACGAGGGGCCAGCGUGUGCGGCGCGGCGGGCGAAGGUGAAGGAGCUCGCCCACAAUACUGUGGCCGCGGUGACUGAGGGCGGCUCGUCGGACAUAGACGUGAAGAACAUGCUCCGUCACGUUGUGGAGUUGUCGCGCAAGGAUGAAGACUUGGUUCUUGAUGCGGCGGAGGUUGCGAUGAAGAGAAAGGUGGACAUGGACGACUAGGAUGGCAUACUCAAAGUGGCAGUGACAUCUGAAGUCGCUUGAAAUGACGCACACUCGAUAAUUAGCACCUUAGGUACUUAGGGCCUGUUUGUUUACCCCCAUGGAUUAUAUAAUCUGGAUUAUUUUUGAAGGAUUAUAUAAUCUGGAUUAUAUAAUCUAGAUUAUAUAAUCUGAGUAGUCCUGUUUGUUUACCCAGAUUAUUUGAGUUGUUAAUAUGAUUCUUUUGUAUGAGGAAGACAAGAAUGCCCUCUAUAUUUGUACUAGGUCGAACCAGACAAUGGCACCUGGAGCCUGGCGACUAGGGUUAGGAGGAGUCGAGGAGAAAUUAUGCUGGAUUUGCUGGUCGCUGGAUGUCGGAUAGGCGCAAAAACGAUU